UGGGCCAUUGUCCUGAUAUGAUCCGGCAAAACGGAUAGACAGGUGCAUUUCUUACAAGAGUCACGGUGGCCCCACCUAGCUUACUGUAGCGGGAGGUUAUUGCGAAAGCUUUUUGGCUGGCAAUCCGCGUAUUACAAGGGGUCGUUUGGAGAGAUGCCUCUACAGCGUUCCGAUUCUCACGUCCUCCCUGCUGUGUCAUCUUCGAGCAUAGAAAACUAGAAAAUGCCUUUCGACAGAUUCCUCAGAGGAAGGACGGGCAACCUGGCAUGCAUGCAGCCGUCCCCAACCUUCCAUUCCCCAGCUCCCUUCACAAUCCCAUCCGUCCAUCCAUCCAUUCAAGGAACAUCCUUCCCUCUCUUUCUGUCCGCAUUUUUAUAGAUCUAAAGCCAAUGCCAUCACCAUUGCCAUAAACAAACCCUAACCUAGACAAUGAAAGGCAACCCUAAGGAUGUGGAGAAGCAGCUCCUCUGGGACCAAAUGACAUCUCACCCUCGCAGCCCUAAAGUGGGCCCCACCGUCGUCGCCCAAGGCCGAGGUCUCCCAAAGCUCAUGAUCUGGCUCAUCCCCGUCGUCUCCUUCACCUACAUCUUCUACACCUUAAAACUCGCCUUUUUCUCUAAUCCAUGCGAUCCCCAAAACGCCCUUGCAGAUCUCCGUCCAAUCCCCAACGCAUCCGUCUCUACUUCGGCGGUCCAGCUCACCAUACCGAAAAUAAUUCCGACACCUGCCACUCCCCCGCCUCGGUCCUCCGCGACGGACAUCCAUCACAUCGUCUUCGGCAUCGCAGCGUCGGCCAAGCUCUGGGCUCAGAGGAAGAACUACAUCAAGCUCUGGUGGAAGCCCAAGGUGAUGAGGGGGGUCGUUUGGCUCGAUAAAACCGUCCCAGCCGAGCGCGACGAACGGCUUCCUACGAUCAAGAUCUCGUCGGACACCUCCACGUUCCGGUACACCCACAGGCACGGUCACCGAUCCGCGAUCCGGAUCUCUCGGAUCGUGUCGGAGACGCUCCGGCUCGGUCUCAAGGACGUCCGUUGGUUCGUUAUGGGCGACGAUGACACCGUCUUCGUGGCGGAGAACCUGGUUCGCGUCCUGUCGAAAUUCGAUCACACACAGUUCUACUACAUUGGGAGCUCGUCGGAAAGCCAUCUACAGAACAUCUACUUCUCCUACGGAAUGGCCUACGGCGGGGGCGGCUUUGCCAUCAGCUAUCCGCUGGCGAAGGCGCUCGACAAAAUUCAGGACAGUUGCAUCCAGAGGUACCCUGGAUUGUACGGCAGCGAUGAUCGGAUACAGGCGUGCAUGGCCGAGCUCGGCGUCCCGCUAACGAAACAUGCCGGAUUCCACCAGUAUGAUGUUUACGGCAAUCUUUUCGGGCUCUUGGCCGCCCACCCGGUGGCGCCAUUGGUCACGCUCCACCACCUCGAUGUGGUAGAGCCCAUCUUCCCCAAGGCGAACCGCGUCGACGCCCUCCGUCGAUUGUUCAUGCCGAUCGAGAUCGACUCGGCCGGGAUCUUGCAGCAGUCCAUCUGCUACUAUACGUCGAAGAAGUGGACCAUAUCGGUGUCGUGGGGAUAUGCGGUCCAGAUCUUUCGAGGAGGGUUCUCACCAAGAGAGAUGGAAAUGCCGUCGAGAACGUUCUUGAAUUGGUACCGGAAGGCGGAUUAUACUGCGUACGCGUUCAAUACCCGACCUGUGAGCCGGAAUCCUUGCCAGAAGCCGUUCGUGUAUCAUAUUUCAACGGCCAGAUAUGAUCGGGGGACGAAACGAACGGUCACGGAGUACCUUCGGCAUCGGGAGAGGAUGCCCUCUUGCAAGUGGAAGAUGGCAGACCCCACCUCUAUCCAGAGAGUGGAGGUUUAUAAGAGGCCGGACCCUGCUCUGUGGGACAAGUCUCCGAGGCGAAAUUGCUGCAGAGUAUUGCCAUCUAAGAAGAAAGGGAGCAUGUUAAUCGAUGUAGGGGUAUGUAGGGAAGGUGAGAUCGUUCAAGUUUAGAUAGAGAGAUAUUUUUCUUAUUUUUUAUAUUUAUUUAUUUAAAUCAUUAGUUAGUAAUGAUUAAAAUUUAUUUUUUACCCAAUUAAUUCUUUUAAUAUAUCUCGUGGCGAAUUUCA